UAAAACUGGUCCCGCACUGAUUUUUAAUUAACCUCCUCACUCCUGCGCUAAGAACCAGCCCACAACCGAAUUUCAUCCCAAAAAGGGCUCUCUAGUUUCUCCCCCCUCUGCGGGGAAAGCAGAGACUCUCUUGCAAAGCCGCUGAGGGCCGGGGGAGGUCUUUUCAAUGUGUGUUUCUGUCACUUUAUGGUGCAGAUGUUUUUAGAAGAAAAACCCCGAAGAAAUCUCCCAAGGCAGCAGGGCCGCGCGGGGAAGCUGGAGCGAAAUCUGAGCCCUGCAAGGGGGGAAAGCGGGCGAGGGAAUGUUUGCGCCCGAGGGGAGAACGGCAGAAGACACGGAAGAGGCGGAGGGGAGGCAGGGUUUCAAAGGAGGCCAGCGGAGGAUGAAGGGGAGGAGAUCCCGGGCAGGGCGGGGGGCGCCCAGACCCUAGCUGGGGAGCGGCAGCCCCAGGAGCGCAGCAGGGCGGAGAGGCUGGAACCGUGCGCCCGGGCUGGUGCCCCCCGCAUGGAGCCUCGGCCCCGGGGGCUGGAGCAGCAGCGGGACCCGGGCGCCUCCCGCAGCGGGGCCAGUCCCGGAGUGUUUACGCGCAGAUUGAUCCCGGACGCAGAACUGGGCUUGGAAGAGAGACCGAGGAUCUAGGGCGGCUGAUCUAGUCCCUGGCUCGGAGGCGGUUGGAGAUUUCGCAUCCCAGAACUGCAGUCGAAAGAGACUCCGACUCCCUCCCGCCCUUUGCACAGAAAUCCCAGGAUCAAUCUUCAUGCAACUUCCCCCUGUGUUAAGGGGCCCAGGAAGGGACAGAGGGAACCGAGCUGCUGAGGCGAAAAUCCCAAUCUCAUGCAUUGACCUAAAGAAAAACCCGACAAGGAGGAUGCCAUGACAGCCGGCAGCGCCGAAGCCAGCAGAGCCAUGAGAAAUCAGGAUCCUUUGGAGAAGAAGCCCCUGGGACCCGCCCCUCCUCCACGGAGGCACAGACGCAGGUUGAGGCGCAAGCCGCCGACUGAGGGGGCCAUGAAGGGACAGCUCCGGAUGCGCUCGCCUUCAGGGGCCUUCAUGAUGGUGGGCAUCUCUGUCGUCUUGGUCGGCAUGACGAUCGCCGUGGUGGGCUAUUGGCCUCACCGGGGCCCACACGCCGCCGGGCCUGGGGCCAGGCCGGGUAACACCAGCGGCAUGGGGGACAUGAAGAAGGAAGUGAAGGUCUCUGCCCAGGGCCGCCACUUCCCUCACAGUGAGAAGCUGAAGCUGAUUGGCCCCGUCAUCAUGGGCGUCGGCCUCUUCAUUGUCAUCUGCGCCAACACCGUGCUGUACGAGAACAGGGACAUGGAGACCCGCCUGUUGAUGCAGAAAGGCCUCUACUCCAUGACCCCAGGCCUCCCCCAGGACUUCAGCCAGGAGGACAAGUACUGCCAGAGGAGGACUAGCUUGUCCCUUCUCAAGGCCAAUGCCGAGUGUGUCGAGGGCUGUUACGAGGUGGAUCUCUCCUCCAGCGGCUUCCAAUCCUGUUCCAGUCCUAGGAACAAAUGGGCCGACUGCUACGGGCACAACAGGCUCCAGACGACGGCCCAGCUGCUCCAUCACAAGGGGGUUUCCCCCUCCAUGUCCCUCCUCAGCGUCCGCUCAGACUCUGGCAACUCCAUGGAGGGGAACCUCAAUCUGUCCUUCACCCGUGGGGCAGAGUCAGUAAUUUCCUUGGCUGCCACUGCCCGGUCACUUCCCGUCAUCAAGGUGAACAACUGCCUCAUUGAGAAGCCAUCUGCAUCUCCAGGGGCGGGCGACGACCGGGAGAUCAGCCUGACAGGGGCUCCGGAUGAGGCACCGCGGCUCUCAUGGACUCUCCCACCCAGCGGCGCCAGCAUCUCCCCCAGAGGAGAUGACCUCCAGGGUGGCCAUGUCGUUAUUAACAUAGACAGCGGGCCUCCGUCCGUCGCUGUGGCGGGCGAGACGUACCUGGACCCAGAAGGCACCGAGAACGAGUUCAGCUCAGAUGUGCAGCUCCACAAUCCGGGUCACUCCAAGUCGCUGGACCUGGGCAGGCCGGGCGUGCGGCUGGUGGCGCCCAUCAAAGACCAGAAGAACAGGAGCUGGCCUAGACUUGACAACAUCAGCUUGGUGGGCUACGCCAAACUGGAAAGCACGGGCGAGUCCUCCGACAGGCUAUUGGAGCAGACAGAUCAGCAGGGCAGGGACGAGCCCAGCCCCAGCGCCCCGGCGGUGGGAACAGAGAUGGGUUCAAGGGUCUGACUUGGCAGGGGAUGGGUGACACGGCCAGGACGCCCUCCCGUCUUUUCAUUGCCUCGCCUGGGGGGCUGCUGGGUGUGGUGUUCUUUUAAGCAGAUGUUCCAGUGUUGUGGGGAGGUCGGUGCUGCUGACUGAGCCGAGGACAGGCCUGCUGCUCCUUAGGGGAGACUCUUCGAGGGAUAGUCACUCGAUUUCUCAGUGGGUGGCCUCGGCCUUGCCUUACAACCCCCUCUCCCUGAGCCACGUGUGGAAUCUGGGCUCAGACAAGCACCCCUGCAAGGGGAGGCAGGGUGGGGAUCCCUGCUACUAAGCCGCAGAGGCCCCUUUCCUCAUCGUUAGCCGGAAGGGCUGCGGCAGCGGGUGGAUGAGGGGCCCCCCCGCCGCCCCACUCCGCUAAGCAAUUCACCGACCAAUGCCACGUUAAGGCUCCCAGGGUUAUUAAAUGUCCUCUCACCACCACCGAGGUGCUGAGUCAGUCAUUUUGCCCGCAUGAUGUUUCGGCAUCUGUCUUUGCAAAGCUUGCUGUCACGGCUAGCCCCCCUUCAGGAUGCCACGUGAUAGGCUGAUGGGGGAGGAAGGGAAAGCUCAGCGGUUGGAGCAUUGGCCUGCUAAACCCAGGGUUGUGAGCUCAAUCUGUGAGGGGGCCAUUUGGGGGUUUAGCUGGGGAUUGGUCCUGCUUUGAGCAGGGGGUUGGACUAGGUCCCUUCCAACCCUGAGAUUCUGUGAUACCACUGAGCCGACCUGUUCCACCAGCUGGGCCCCCUUUAACCUGUCUUCCUGAGUCAGGCUCUUAAGCCUCCUCCAGCACAGACACAGGCAGGGCCACACCCAGCUGCAGAACAACACAGACACGGAGAUCAGCUCUGGGAAGACUCCGCUAACGGGACUUGCUCCAGCACUCAGGUGUCCACCUCCCAUGGAGUGCAGACCCAAAGGUAUAUUGUCUUGCGCUGUAUAGAAGAAUCUGCGCAGUGCAAGCUCAUCAAAAUUCACCCUCUUCCUCAACGUGAAGAGAAAUAUGUACCCCCUCAAGCCCCCCAUUAGAAAUUGCACAA